AUGGGACAUUUAGACUGGUUAACAAAACGAACUUAUACUUAUGGUUUAAGAGGAAAAGCGUUGAGAAGAGCUGUUACUUUUACUUCAGUUACCGGCUUUUCACUUUUUGGUUAUGAUCAAGGGUACGGUUGAAUCGUAUUUAGUCAUGUUUGAAAUCGUUUACUAACUCAAGAAUAGUCUUAUGUCAGGUUUAAUUUCUGCUCCACAAUUUAACUAUGAAUUUCCUGCUACAGAUGGUGAUAAUACUAUUAAAGGUGCUGUUACAGCUUCAUAUGAAAUUGGAUGUUUUUUUGGUGCAUUAUUUGCAUUAGCAAAAGGUGAAAGGACAGGUAGAAGACCGUUAAUUGUUGUUGGAAGUAUUUUAAUUAUUAUUGGUGCUAUUAUUUCAACCACUCCAUUUAGACCACAUUGGCCAUUAGGACAUUUUGUUGUUGGUAGAGUUAUAACUGGAUUAGGGAAUGGUUUAAAUACAGCUACAAUUCCAGUUUGGCAAUCAGAAAUGUCGAGAGCAGAAAAUAGAGGAUUCUUAGUCAAUUUGGAAGGUGCAUUUAUUGCAAUUGGUACAUUUAUUGCAUAUUGGGUUGAUUUUGGAUUUUCAUAUAUUGAUACAUCAGUUCAAUGGAGAUUUCCAGUUGCUUUCCAAAACUUUUUUGGUAUAAUUUUAUUUCUUGGUAUCAUAGGUUUACCUGAAUCACCUAGAUGGUUAAUUAAACAUAAAAGAAAUGAAGAAGCAAGAUUUUUAAUUGCUGCUUUGAAAGGUGUAAGUGAAGAUCAUGAAGAGGUACAAGCUGAAGAAUCAUUAAUUUCAGAUACAGUCAAUAGAUUUAAUAAAUUACAUGCAAGUGUUAAAGAUUUAUUUACAUUUGGUAAAACACAACAUUUUCAAAGAAUGGUUAUUGGUUCAUCAACUCAAUUUUUCCAACAAUUCACUGGAUGUAAUGCAGCUAUUUAUUAUUCAACCUUGUUAUUUUAUCAAAGUAUUUUUAAUGAAGAUCCUGAUAUGUGGAGAUUAUCAUUAAUUUUGGGUGGUGUUUUUUCAACAAUUUAUGCAUUAUCAACAAUUCCAUCAUUCUUUUUGAUUGAUACAUUAGGUAGAAGAAAAUUAUUUUUAAUUGGUGCUACAGGUCAAGGUGUUUCAUUCUUAAUUACAUUUGCAUGUUUAAUUAAUGAUACUGAAGAAAAUGCAAAAGGUGCUGCCGUUGGUAUAUUUUUAUUCAUUGUAUUUUUUGCAUUUACCAUUCUUCCAUUACCAUGGGUUUAUCCACCAGAAAUUAAUCCAUUAAGAACAAGAACUUAUGCUGCUGCUGCUUCUACUUGUACUAAUUGGUUGUGUAAUUUUGCAGUUGUUAUGUUUACUCCACCAUUUAUUGCCUCGACCAAAUGGGGUUGUUACUUGUUCUUUUCAAUCAUGAAUUUCCUAUUUGUACCAGUCAUCUAUACAUUUUAUCCAGAAACUCGGUAUGUUUUUAUCUUUUAUUUCAUUUUUGUUAAUUAGAAUACUAACUUGUUAUAGUGGUCGAAAAUUGGAAGAAUUGGACAUUAUUUUUGCAAAAGCAUUUUAUGAAAAGAAAAGACCAUGGAGAAUUGCAAAUACAAUGCCAUAUUUAACUCAUCAAGAAAUUGAAGAACAAACCAGAACAUUAGGAUUAAUUGAAAAUGAUAAUUAUGAUCCUGAAGAUCCAGUUGAAGAAGGUAAAGAGAAUUUUGAAUCAUCAGGGGAAUCUGAGGAACAAAAUACUCAAAUUGAUGAAGGUGUUAAAACAACUCCAACUGAAAGUCCAAUUGAGGGUCACGAUACUCCAACCGAAGAUAGAAGAUAA